CAAGCUUCGAGGGGGCGGGCUCGAGUGCUGUGCGGGCGCGGCAGGGGCUUCGGAUUCAGGGAACAUUUUUCAGGCUGUCUGGUGGCUACUCCAGGAAACAUGGCUAAAUUUGUCCUGAAUCAGAACCUUCCUGACCUGGGCGGCCCUCACCUGUACCCAGGCCUCACCGGGAGUGCCCGCAGCCCUAGUUCUCCCUACUCAGUAGAGACGCCCUAUGGCUUCCACCUGGACCUGGACUUCCUCAAGUAUGUGGAAGAACUGGAGCGUGGCCCUGUCUCCCGCCGAGCGCCAGUACCCCCGCCCACGCGCCGCCCACGCUUGUCCAGAACAGGCCUUGCUGGUGCGCGAAGCCCAGGCGCCUGGACCUCCAGCGAAUCCCUGGCCAGUGACGACGGUGGAGCCUCGGGUGCACGCUCUCCUGGGGCGCCCCCGGAGCUCUUGCUACCUCCACUGUCUCCGCGCUCCUUCUGGCACAACCCGCGCGUCGAGCACACGCUCCUGGAGACCAGCCGACGACUGGAGGAGGCACAGGCCCGGGAACGCGCGCUCAGCCCUGCCCAUGCAGUCACGCAGAGCUUGCUCGGGUCCGGCCGCAGCAGCCCCGCCCUCAACCCUGCCCUUGCUUCACCAGGCCCUGCCCAGCUGCAGCUAGUGAGGGAGCAGAUGGCUGCGGCGCUGCGGCGCCUGCGCGAGCUCGAGAACCAGGCGCGCGCUCUGCCGGAGCUGCAGGAGCAGGUGCGCACGCUACGUGCGGAGAAGGCACGGCUACUGGCCGGGCGCGUGCAGCCGGAGCAAGAAGUAGAAAUCGAGGUGCGCCCAGACAAGCUCGCCCAGCUUCGGCGACUCACCGAGCGUCUGGCCACCUCGGAUCGAGGAGUCCGCUCUAGGGCGAGCCCCCGGGCUGACGAUCCCGACGGGUUGGCUGCCAGGCGCAGCGAAAGAGCGCUGCAGGUCCUCGACCCAGCGUCUAGGACGCCCGAUGGGGAACCCCAGACUCGGGAGGUGGGCACUGAAGUCGUGCCCGAUACCCGAGAGGCAGAUGCCCAGGCAGUACCCGAGACAGGGGAGGCUGGAGUGGAGGUGGUCCCUGAGACCGUUGAGGUGGACACGUGGGUGACCGAGGCGCUGCUGGGGCUGCCCGAAGCUGCAGAGCGGGAGCUGGAGCUGCUCCGCUCCAGCUUGGAGCAUCAGCGAGGGGUGAGCGAACUCUUGCUGGGCCGAUUGAGGGAGCUGGAGGAGGCCUUCGAGGCUACAGUGACUAGGCCUCAGUCUCGAGAGGUGGCCAUCCAGACCACAUUGGGUUGCACUGAGAAGAUCACGCAGACCGACCUCCCAAUGGAGAACCAGCCCAGACCCAUGGUUGGAGAUGAGGUGGCCCCUGCUGGCAUCCUCAAAUCCAUCAUGAAGAAGAAAGAUGGUAUUCCGGGUGCUCAAUCCAGUCAGGGACCCAAGAGCCUGCAGUUCGUUGGGGUCCUUAACGGAGAAUAUGAGAGCUCCUCCAGCGAGGAUGACAGUGACAACGAAGAUGGCAGUGCUCAACUCCCCAGGAGUAGCUCUUCCGGGUCAGAUGAUAGCAGUGGGGGAUCUGAUGCUGGAACUCCUGGCCCCACCAACAGCAAAGACGCCAAGGACUCCAACCUUGAGGCACACCCAGAGCUGAAGGCAGGAACAGAAGGGAGGUGUGAUCUGAACCCACGUUUAAGGGAGGCGUGCAUUGCUCUGAAUAGGCAGCUGAUUCGGCCCCGUGGACUCAGCAGAGAUGGCAGUGCAGCACGCCUUGUGGCCCAGGAGUGGUUUCGAGUGUCCAGCCAAAAGCGUUCUGAGGCUGAGCCUGUAGCUGGGGUGCUUCGAGGGGUGAAGAGCCUGGGGCCUGAGCUGCUCGUUCAUGUGGUAAACCUGUCUGAUGGCAAUGGAAACACAGCCCUGCAUUACAGCGUGUCUCAUGGCAAUCUGGCCAUUUCCAGCCUGCUACUGGAUACAGGGGUCUGUGAUGUCAAUCACCAGAAUAGAGCCGGCUAUUCUGCACUCAUGUUGGCUGCACUCACUUCUGUGGGGCAGGAGGAAGACAUGGCCGUGGUCCAGAGACUUUUCAGCAUGGGUGAUGUCAAUGCCAAGGCUAGCCAGACUGGACAGACAGCUCUCAUGCUGGCCAUCAGCCAUGGCCACCAGGAUAUGGUGGCUGCCUUGCUGGAAUGUGGGGCUGAUGUCAAUGUACAGGAUGCCGAUGGGGCCACAGCAUUGAUGUGUGCCAGCGAGUAUGGACACCUUGACACAGUUCAGUUGUUGCUGGCUCAGCCAGGCUGUGAUCUAACCAUCUUAGACAAUGAGGGUACCAGUGCCCUGGCCAUUGCACUGGAGGCUGAACAAGAAGAGGUGGCUGCACUGCUCCAUGCCCACCUGACAUCCAACCACCAUGCCUCCCAGGGCCAGCCACCUCCAGGGUCUUCUACAGCCACACCCAGUGAAGGGAUGCAGUGAGGAAUGAGGGGACGCAACCUCUGUGAGCUGCUCCGUACACACAUCAGGAUUGUUCCAUUUCCUGUCUAAUCACAGGACACCUUACACAGCGGUUCCUUCUAGCUUCAGUUAGGAUGUUCAGGGAAGGGCCUGAGAAAUGUUACUGCUUUCAACCUACUCACUUUGUAAAACAUCAUUCCUAAUAAACCUAUUCUAUUACA